UUCUCCUGUUCCUCGCCCCCUUCUUCCAUUUUCUCCCCCUUUGAUAUUUUCAGUAUCCAUCGAUCGCAUAACAGCCCGAAAAGAUCGAUGCCGACCAAGGGCAAAAGUUAUGCAGAUUACGCGGGGCUGAUCAUCAUGGGAGCAGUGGUCUGCCUGAUGGUGAUCGCGGUUUUGGCUGUCGCUGUCUUCAGCUGGGGCUGGAGUUGGUUCGUGGGACGACCACGACCUUUGUCGCGCCACAUCCGCCGCACUCUUCCCUUACGCCAGUUUUCAGGGCAGGAGGAGCAGGCCACCUGUCCAAUUUGUCUGGAGCAUUACAGGGAUGGAGACGUAGUGCGGCGGCUUCCAGACUGUGGGCAGGUCUUCCACCAGUCCUGUGUGGACCGGUGGUUUGACACCCACUCCACCUGCCCCAUCUGUAGGGAGCGGGUGGUCCCCUACGUGGCCGGAGGGGAGGUUGAGAUGGCGGCGAUAGGGAACUAGCUAGCUAGUUGGCCCUAGGCUUUUUUUUUUCUUCUAUGUAAUUAUUGUUGUACAAUAAAACCUCCCAUGUACGAUAUAAAUUUAGUCCAUAAUCAUAUGAAUAACAUGUUUGUGUUUGAAAUCAAUUCUCUCUCUCACUUCUACGUUUAUGGGCAAUCAAACACAUGACUAGUAUUCAUACGAUCCUUUGCAUUUUCACUUCAUUUAAUCCAACACAAGACUAAAUCGGAAAGCUUGGU